AUGUUAUUCUUCAGAAAAUUAUCUUAUACGUUUUGGCUAUUUAUUUUAGCUGUUAAUGCUAUAACAAUUACCGAAAAUACGGUAACGAGAGGUACAAUUGAUUUAAGUAUUGGUGAUGUUCAAAUUAACUCAGGAGCUUAUUGGUCUAUAAUCAAUAAUGCACUUUCAGCUUUUGUUGGUAAUUUAAAUGUUCAAAGUAAUGCAGGAUUAUACAUCUCGAGUACUUCACCAAUUAUUUCAUUAACUGUUCAAUUAUUAGGUAUUUUAAACUCAAUUACAAAUGAUGGUAUUAUUUCAUUCAAUUCCGAGGCUUCUUUAACUUCAUCAACUUAUAAUUUGAUUGGUUUAUCUUUUACAAAUAAUGAAGAAAUGUAUCUUGCUGCUUCAGGUAUUGUACCAAGUAUUAUGUCAAUUACCUCAGCAACUUGGGAUAAUAAUGGUUUAUUGGUAUUUUCUCAAAAUCAAAGAAAUGAAGGUUUUGUUAAUUUAGGUGCACCAUUAGGUAACAUUAACAAUAAUGGUCAAAUUUGUUUCAUGAAUGAAGUAUAUCAACAAACUACAAGAAUUUCAGGUACUGGUUGUAUUACCGCCGAUCAAGAUUCAUCUAUAUACAUUACUAAUGCUGCUUUAUCAGUAUCAACUGGUCAAACAUUUUAUUUAGCUGAUUCUGAUUCUUCAAUUAUUGUUCAAGCUCUUUCAACUCCUCAAACAUUUAAUGUUCGUGGUUUUGGUAAUGGUAAUAAAAUAGGUUUGACAAUUCCUUUAGUUGCAAUUCCAAUUGUUGGUAGUCAAUGGCAAUAUAACGCUGAAACUGGUAUUUUAACAUUAUAUGGUGCUGGUCUUUUACAACAAAGAUUUAACAUUGGUACAGGUUAUACUUCUUCAUUAUUUUCAAUUGUUACCGACUCAGGUGCUGGUUUACCUUCAACAUUAUUAGGCUCAAUUACUUAUUCAGUAUGUUGGAUUAAAAUAUUACAAAUUUGGAUGCAGAAGAAAAAAGUUUACGAAUAUUAUAUUUGAGAUCGAGAUCUCAAUUUUUUGUCGUAUAUUUUUUUAAAUGUCGCAUUAAAGGAUUUACUAACAUUUGUUCUAGGGUCCUGUGCCAAACCCAGGUUUACCAUCUGAAUGUCAAGCUUGUAAACAACCACCAUCAAUUCCAGGCUCUGAACCAACUGAGUAUACUACCACUUUUACUUCUACGAAAACAGAUGGUUCUGUUGAAACUGGUACAGGAGUUGUUGAUAUUCUGACAGAUUCCCAAGGUUCAUGGUUUACCACCACCUCAGUUUUUCCAACAAGUGUUGUAACAACUGAAUUUACAACCACAUGGACCACCACAAACUCCGAUGGGUCAGUAGAAACUGACAGUGGUAUUGUUUCUCAAUCUGGAACAUCUUUUACAACAAUUACUACCUUCCCUCAACCAUCAAGUUCAGAUGCUUUAACAACAGAAUUUACAACCACAUGGACCACCACAAACUCCGAUGGGUCAGUAGAAACUGACAGUGGUAUUGUUUCUCAAUCCGGAACAUCUUUCACAACAAUUACUACUUUCCCUCAACCAUCAAGUUCAGAUGCUUUAACAACAGAAUUUACAACCACAUGGACCACCACAAACUCCGAUGGGUCAGUAGAAACUGACAGUGGUAUUGUUUCUCAAUCCGGAACAUCUUUCACAACAAUUACUACUUUCCCUCAACCAUCAAGUUCAGAUGCUUUAACAACAGAAUUUACAACCACAUGGACCACCACAAACUCCGAUGGGUCAGUAGAAACUGACAGUGGUAUUGUUUCUCAAUCUGGAACAUCUUUUACAACAAUUACUACCUUCCCUCAACCAUCAAGUUCAGAUGCUUUAACAACAGAAUUUACAACCACAUGGACCACCACAAACUCCGAUGGGUCAGUAGAAACUGACAGUGGUAUUGUUUCUCAAUCUGGAACAUCUUUUACAACAAUUACUACCUUCCCUCAACCAUCAAGUUCAGAUGCUUUAACAACAGAAUUUACAACCACAUGGACCACCACAAACUCCGAUGGGUCAGUAGAAACUGACAGUGGUAUUGUUUCUCAAUCUGGAACAUCUUUUACAACAAUUACUACCUUCCCUCAACCAUCAAGUUCAGAUGCUUUAACAACAGAAUUUACAACCACAUGGACCACCACAAACUCCGAUGGGUCAGUAGAAACUGACAGUGGUAUUGUUUCUCAAUCUGGAACAUCUUUUACAACAAUUACUACCUUCCCUCAACCAUCAAGUUCAGAUGCUUUAACAACAGAAUUUACAACCACAUGGACCACCACAAACUCCGAUGGGUCAGUAGAAACUGACAGUGGUAUUGUUUCUCAAUCUGGAACAUCUUUUACAACAAUUACUACCUUCCCUCAACCAUCAAGUUCAGAUGCUUUAACAACAGAAUUUACAACCACAUGGACCACCACAAACUCCGAUGGGUCAGUAGAAACUGACAGUGGUAUUGUUUCUCAAUCUGGAACAUCUUUUACAACAAUUACUACCUUCCCUCAACCAUCAAGUUCAGAUGCUUUAACAACAGAAUUUACAACCACAUGGACCACCACAAACUCCGAUGGGUCAGUAGAAACUGACAGUGGUAUUGUUUCUCAAUCUGGAACAUCUUUUACAACAAUUACUACCUUCCCUCAACCAUCAAGUUCAGAUGCUUUAACAACAGAAUUUACAACCACAUGGACCACCACAAACUCCGAUGGGUCAGUAGAAACUGACAGUGGUAUUGUUUCUCAAUCUGGAACAUCUUUUACAACAAUUACUACCUUCCCUCAACCAUCAAGUUCAGAUGCUUUAACAACAGAAUUUACAACCACAUGGACCACCACAAACUCCGAUGGGUCAGUAGAAACUGACAGUGGUAUUGUUUCUCAAUCUGGAACAUCUUUUACAACAAUUACUACCUUCCCUCAACCAUCAAGUUCAGAUGCUUUAACAACAGAAUUUACAACCACAUGGACCACCACAAACUCCGAUGGGUCAGUAGAAACUGACAGUGGUAUUGUUUCUCAAUCUGGAACAUCUUUUACAACAAUUACUACCUUCCCUCAUACAAUUGAUGAUAUAACUACAGAAUUUACCUCAACUUGGACCACCACAAAUUCCGAUGGAUCAGUAGAAACUGAUAGUGGUGUUGUUUCUCAAUCCGGCUCAUCUUUCACAACAUUAACGACUUUCCCUCAACCAUCAAGUUCUGAUGUUUUAACUACACAAUUUACCUCAACUUGGACUACAACCAAUUCAGAUGGUUCAGUAGCGACUGAAAGUGGUAUUGUUUCUCAAUCUGGUUCAUCUUUUACAACAUUAACGACUUUCCCUCAUACAAUUGAUGAUAUAACUACAGAAUUUACCUCAACUUGGACCACCACAAAUUCCGAUGGAUCAGUAGAAACUGAUAGUGGUGUUGUUUCUCAAUCCGGCUCAUCUUUCACAACAUUAACGACUUUCCCUCAACCAUCAAGUUCUGAUGUUUUAACUACACAAUUUACCUCAACUUGGACUACAACCAAUUCAGACGGUUCAGUAGCAACUGAAAGUGGUAUUGUGUCUCAAUCCGGCUCAUCUUUUACAACAUUAACUACCUUCCCUCCAACUACAACCGGACCUAUUGUUUGUAAAAGAGAUGAUCCAAAUUGUAUCUCAAGUACUGCUUCUGCUACAGAAUUUACUUCGACAUGGACCACAACCAAUUCAGAUGGUGCGAUUGAAACAAACUCAGGUAUUAUAAGUCAAUCAGGCACAUCAUUUACGACUUUGACUACAUUUUCUCGUUCAAUUGGUGGUAAUGGGGAAUAUACAACAAGCUGGACAACUACACGCUCAGAUGGUUCUGUAGAAACUGAUAGUGGUAUUGUUAGUCAAUCUGGUACGUUCAUUACAACUAUUUCAACCUUCCCUCAUUCAUCAGGAGAUUUGACAACGGAAUUUACUUCCACUUGGACUCAUACAAAAUCAGAUGGUUCAGUAGAAACUCAUAGUGGUGUUGUUUCUCAAUCCGGCUCAUAUUUUACCACUUUAACCACCUUUCCUCAUUCAUUAACUAAAUCGUCAGAGGGUUGGUCAAAUGGAACAAUUCUGUCUACAAUAUCUGAAGAUCAAACUACAAUUAUUACAAUUACAUCAUGUGAAAACAAUAAAUGUCAUGAAACUACAGUUCCAGGUACAUUAAGUCAUGUUACUACUACUAUUAAUUCAAUUGAAACUGUUUAUACUACUUAUUGUCCAAUAUCAACUGAAGGAUCAGAAUCAAUAAUUGGUUCUACUGCUUCAAAAUCAGCAGGUCAAUCUCAUGAAACAAUUACAAAUGAUGUUGUGGCUACUUCAACUUUAGGAGAACCUAUAGUUUCAGUCUCAGCUGGUGGUAAUGGUCCAUCAACCGUUAAAGCUAAUCCAACCAGCUCUUUAACAGUUGCUGCUGGUAACCCAUCAGGUCCUAAUCCAUCAGCUAAUCCAUCAGGUGCUAAUCCACCAGCUAAUCCAUCAGGUGCUAAUCCAUCAGGUGUUAAUCCACCAGCUAAUCCAUCAAGUCCUAAUCCAUCAGCUAAUCCAUCAGGUGCUAAUCCACCAGCUAAUCCAUCAGGUGCUAAUCCAUCAGGUGUUAAUCCACCAGCUAAUCCAUCAGGUGCUAAUCCAUCAGGUGUUAAUCCACCAGCUAAUCCAUCAGGUGCUAAUCCAUCAGGUGAUAAUCCAAUAACAAAUACUAGAUCACCUGGCUCAAAUUCUGCAUUGAGUUCUGCUCCAACUGGAAGUAACAAUAAUUUAGGUACAACUCAAGUACCAGAAAUCUCACAAGCUACAACCUUAACUUCUUCAAGUGUUUCAGCUGGUCAAACUCUUGCUGGUGUUUCAACUUACGAAGGUUCAGGUUUUAAAUUAGGCUUAGGCUCAUCAUCAAGAAUAUUAACUGGAUUCUUUAUUCUAAUCUCAUCAUUAUUUGUUUAA